UUCUUGGUAUAUCUAAGCCAGGUUAUGAUUACGUAGUGGCAAAGUGUCUAGUUGUUGUAAAAUUCGUACAGAAUAAGCUCUUUCAUAUGGAUGGAUUCUCACAUGGCAAUUACUGGAUUGACAUAGUGGAGUCCUAUAGAAAGGCUUCUGCUGUAUCUGAAAGAAUUGAGCAUACACAUAGUGCUUUCAUUUUGGCUGUUUUAUCUCGGAUAGCACAAGAGGCCCCUGAAAAUUUUCUGGCUUAUGACAAACAAAAAGGUGUAAUCAAUAUGUUGCUUUCAUGCUUAGCAACCAUUUCCAAAAGCUUCACACAUCAGAAGACCGAGUUUUUGCCUGUUGCUUGUAGAGCAAGCGAGGCAAUUUGGUCAUUGAUGACUGUCCAGUCUUUGGAUCGGCUUAACGUGGAAGAAGAAGAAUGUAAACAAAUUGUAGAUGUGGUGGCGAAAGCAUUACUAUCAGACAAAGCUGUACGCUAUGCCUUUUACAUCUGUCUUCGCGAAGGAUCGGAAGAUACAAAGAUAUCUACUAUACGGGUGAUCUUUUUUUUCAAUGUAUUUUUGGCCAUUAAUAUUUUUCAAUGUAUCUGCACAAGUCUCUGA